GAAAAAAAAUGGCAGAGGCCAACAAUGGGAAGCAUUUUGUUCUAGUCCAUGGUGCAGGAGGAGGAGCUUGGGUUUGGUAUAAGGUCAAGCCACGACUUGAGGCGGCAGGCCACUGUGUCACGGUGCUGGACAUGGCGGCUUCUGGCAGGCACCCUAAGGCAUUCCAAGAGGUUCAUACGUUCACUGAAUAUAAUGAACCUCUUAUGGAAUUCAUGGGCUUUCUACAAGAAAAAGAAAAGGUUAUAUUAGUUGGUCAUAGCUUGGGUGGUAUGAAUUUAGCUCUGGCCAUGGAAAAAUACCCUGACAAGAUUUCAGCUGCUGUAUUUGUAUCAGCAGUUUUGCCAGAUACCUUGUACCACCCAUCAUAUGUUUUUGAGAAGGUAUGUAUAAUGAUAUAUUUAUAUGAGAUGGCCCCAAAAGAUGUAGGAGUGGAUAAUCAAAUUUCCUACCAAGAGAGCGCCAAUGGACCCAUAACAUGGGUACACUUCGGCCCCAAAUAUAUAGCUUCCAAGCUUUAUGAUUUAAGCCCUAUUGAGGAUGUUGAACUGGCCAAAAUUUUAUAUAGACCAGGUUCCUUUUUCAUAUCAGAUUUAUCAAGGGCCAAGAAAUUUUCCAUUGAAAAAUAUGGAUCAGUGAAGAGAGUUUAUAUCCUGUGCAAAGAUGAUAAAGUAGUAACAGAGGAAUUCCAAAGAUGGGUUAUUGAAUAUAGUGGGAUUAAAGAUGUGAUUGAGAUCAGGGGUUCUGAUCAUAUGCCAAUGGCUUCCAACCCACAUGAACUCUGCAAUCAUCUUAUACAGAUAGCACACAAGCCCAUUAAGCUCCCACAGCACAAGCCAGUGUGA